GUCAACUUCUGCUAUGAAAACAUAAUGCAUUUUAUAUCAAGGGGUAGAAGAGUUGAUUGUGUUAUACGUGAAGCGAAAAUGGAGACGCGUAAACUUACAUUGGCAAUCCAUCUUUUGCCAACCCCUCUUCCCUACCGAUUUCUUUUCAAAAGAGAACGAAAGUACAAAGGAUAAUGGAGUUUGAAAUUUUGAUAGUACAAGCAAUGGCCACGCUGCCUGAUACAAAGAGACUAUUUUGAGUCAAACCUCUUCCCGCAGACAGAUUGGCGGGUAAAUUGCUUGUAUAAAUAUCGCGAUACCCAACCUAGAAUCCAAGAUGUCCAAAAUAUCAUGUUCAAUUCUGCUCUCUCUCGUGCCGCUGCAAAAGCGCCAACAGGUCUAUUCCAACAG